AUGUCUUCUGAGCAACUCCUGAAAGCUGUUGACCGUUUGGAGACUGUUGCUACUCGUCUUGAAAAACUUGCUUGUUCAACUGGCAAGAGUGCUCAAAGCAAUGCAGAUGAUGUCCUUCCACCAUUUGUUGUUGCAUAUGAUGACCUGAUGAAAGGAAAUUUGGCCAAAUAUGUGUCUUUGUCAACCCAGAUUGAAGGCAAUGUCAAGUGUCAGGCUGACCUUGUGUUGGAGGCUUUCCAGGCUCAACGAAGCUUUCUGGUUCAGGUUUCUCGAAGCAAACAACCCCCACAGAAUCAGCUGAUAGCUUUACUGAACCCAACCAGUUCCAAGAUACAAGCAGUUCAGGAUAUUCGUGAAAAGAAUCGAGGUGAUGCUUUUUUUAAUCACUUGUCCGGUAUCAGUGAAUCCAUUUCGGCUCUUGGAUGGGUUGGCUCUAACAAACCAUUCCCAUUCAUUAAGGAAAUGGCUGAUUCUGCUCUUUUCUACACUAACCGUGUCCUGAAGGAUUUCAAGGAAAAGGAUCAAACACAUGUUGAUUGGACCAAAGCAUGGAUUGGAACCCUUGGUGAUUUGCGUGAUUAUACCAAGCAGUACCAUACAACAGGAGUUUCCUGGAACCCACAGGGCGGAGAUGUAAAGAUGCCACCUACAGGUCCAGCUGGUUUUACUGCCCCACCUCCACCACCUCCUCCACCACCACCAAUGGAUGAUGAUGAUAUUUCAAAUGCUCAGGUUGAUAUUGACAGAGAUGCUUUGUUCAAGGAAUUAAGUAAAGGAACUGAAAUUACUAAAGGUUUGAGGAAAGUAACAGAUGACAUGAAAACUCAUAAGAACCCCAGUUUGCGUAAAGGACCAGCUCCUUACAAAACUGCUACUGCUCCUCAACCAUUCAAGCCAGUUGGGGGCACCAAGAAUGUGGUAGCUCCAAAAACCCCAGUCUUGGAACUUCAAGACAAAAAAUGGGUUGUUGAGCAUCACCAUGGCAACCAUAACAUCUCCAUUACAGAAACGAACAUCAAGCAUACAGUUUAUAUUUAUAACUGUCGUGAGUGCACCAUCCAAGUCACUGGCAAAAUUAAUUCAAUUGUUGUUGAUGGGUGUAAGAAAACUGGGGUUGUAUUUGAUGAUGUGAUUUCUGCUGUCGAGUUUAUCAACUGUGAAAGGGUGCAAACACAAGUGACAGGCAAAGUUCCAACAGUGAGUAUUGAAAAGACAGAUGGUUGCAUGGUGUACCUAAGCAGCACUUCCUUGGAAACUGAAAUUGUAACAGCAAAAUGUUCUGAAAUAAAUGUUCUUAUGCCACAAGAAAAUGGAGAUUAUGUGGAAUAUUACAUCCCUGAACAGUUUAAGUCUACCUGGAAUGGUAAAUCUAUGGUGACAGUAUGCAGUGACAACAAAAACCAAACUAAACCUGCUAUCUUUCCUGUGUUCUUAUUUCUUCUCUCCUUCUCUCUGACCUCCUACCUUUCCUCCAUCACAACCCUUAUUCCUUCUCCUCUCUGUAGCAUUCUUACCUGCUAUCAUAACUCCUUCACAUGUUCUUAUUUCUUCUCUCUGUCUCUCUCGCAUUCUCCUACUUUUCCUCCAUCACAACCCUUAUUCCUUCUCCUCUCUCUAGCAUUCUUACCUGCUAUCAUAACUCCUUCACAUGUUCUUAUUUCUUCUCUCUGUCUCUCUGCAUUCUCCUACUUUUCCUCCAUCACAACCCUUAUUCCUUCUCCUCUCUCUAGCAUUCUUACCUGCUAUCAUAACUCCUUCACAUGUUCUUAUUUCUUUCUCUGUCUCUCUCGCAUUCUCCUACCUUUCCUCCAUCACAACCCUUAUUCCUUCUCCUCUCUAGCAUUCUUACCUGCUAUCAUAACUCCUUCAUGUUCUUAUUUCUUCUCUGUCUCUCUCGCAUUCUCCUACCUUUCCUCCAUCACAACCCUUAUUCCUUCUCCUCUCUCUAGCAUUCUUACCUGCUAUCAUAACUCCUUCACAUGUUCUUAUUUCUUUCUCUCUGUCUCUCUAGCAUUCUCCUACCUUUCCUCCAUCACAACCCUUAUUCCUUCUCCUCUCUCUAGCAUUCUUACCUGCUAUCAUAACUCCUUCACAUGUUCUUAUUUCUUCUCUCUGUCUCUCACAUUCUCCUACCUUUCCUCCAUCACAACCCUUAUUCUUUCUCUCUCUCUAGCAUUCUUACCUGCUAUCAUAACUCCUUCACAUGUUCUUAUUUCUUCUCUGUCUCUCUCUACAUUCUCCUACCUUUCCUCCAUCACAACCCUUAUUCCUUCUCCUCUCUCUAGCAUUCUUACCUGCUAUCAUAACUCCUUCACAUCAUUCUUACCUGCUAUCAUAACUCCUUCACAUGUUCUUAUUUCUUUCUCUGUCUCUCUCGCAUUCUCCUACUUUUCCUCCAUCACAACCCUUAUUCCUUCUCCUCUCUCUAGCAUUCUUACCUGCUAUCAUAACUCCUUCACAUGUUCUUAUUUCUUCUCUCUGUCUCUCUCGCAUUCUCCUACCUUUCCUCCAUCACAACCCUUAUUCCUUCUCCUCUCUCUAGCAUUCUUACCUGCUAUCAUAACUCCUUCACAUGUUCUUAUUUCUUCUCUCUGUCUCUCUCGUGAUUCUCCUACCUUUCCUCCAUCACAACCCUUAUUCCUUCUCCUCUCUCUAGCAUUCUUACCUGCUAUCAUAACUCCUUCACAUGUUCUUAUUUCUUCUCUCUGUCUCUCUGCAUUCUCCUACCUUUCCUCCAUCACAACCCUUAUUCCUUCUCUCUCUCUAGCAUUCUUACCUGCUAUCAUAACUCCUUCACAUGUUCUUAUUUCUUCUCUCUGUCUCUCUCGUGCAUUUCUCCUACCUUUCCUCCAUCACAACCCUUAUUCCUUCUCCUCUCUCUAG